CAGACAUCUUUUUUGUGUGUGUGAAUUGAGCCUGUAUCGUUUACCUAUUUCAAUAUGCAUCUUUUAAAAAGUGGGAAUGAAAAGUGUGAUGCAAGUAUAAGUGCAUUAAAUUACUGAACAGCAUUUUGCACCCUGCUGACCUUUUUAGAGGUAAAGUAAGCUGAGGCACCGAGUCUAUUUCGGUCUUUUCUGUCAAAGUCCACCUACACAGGCUCUAGAGGAACGAAGAAUGUAUGUGGGUUAAAAAAAGCACCUUUUCUUUAUUACCUUGACUCGGUCCAGUUGUAUUCAAGAGCUCUUCUCAAGACUUGCAGAAGGCCCUUCCUUUUGUAUCUGUGUUUUAAAAGCUACCCAUGCUGUCUUGAAUUAUUAGAAAUUGCUCACUGGUUUUGUGCAACAGUGAGCUGGGUCACAGGCAUCAGCACAUGGCCCUGCUGCUUCAUGAUCUGAAUGGAUGUCUUUAGACAGCACAGCACUGAGGAAAACGUCCUCUCUCAAACCCUUGCUGGCCUUUCAAACUCCUCCUAGGACUCCCUGGGAAACUGCACUUCGGUAGUUCCUGCAGAGCAGCCUGAGGUGGGAGCUGCAUUACAGGUUGUGUGUUUGCUGAGCAAGGCAGGGAGGCUCAGCUCUAAUUCUUAUCCCUUGGGCUGGCUCCCAUGCUGUGUGCUAUGUCCUGGUGAAUCCACCUGAGAUUGGGGAACUGCAGGUGGAGGACUGGGCAGCCAGGUAAUGAUGUCAGCCUCAGCCUGUGUGAAGUCUGGCUGGUGCUUCCCUGAAGACCAAUUUGUGCCCCAAAAGCAAAAGCCACACAUCUACUUCCUAUUCAUUUUUUUGAGGAAUAAGAGUAACUAUUCAGCGCCAUUACAUCUGAGACUGAACUGACUUGUGAACCAAGAGGCAUCGGUUAUGUGGAUGGUUUAUUGCAGGAAGGAAAGAUUGUUAAGAGAACAAGACAAUAGAAAGGGGACAGUGAAAAUUAAUUUCACAACCCACAAGGGUCCUAUGGAUGAACCUGUAUCAGAAAUUAAGGCAGAACGGGGAUAGUGACAAUUUUGGCUAUUCUGGAUUUGCAACUUCUACAGAUUUUUUUUUAUUCUUCUGUGAAAAAACUCCACCCUUUCUUUCUAGUUUUGUUAUGUGUGAUUAUUUAUUUUCUUCCCUAAACCAGGCCAAAGAAAGUUUUAUUUCUACCUCACCCUCUAUUGGGCUAGGGGGAGAUGCAAUCAGGUGAAGAUAUGCAGGAGGAUACUUAUGAAAUCCUGCAGGAUUUUGGGGAUGGGGGGAAGAUGAGAGAUACUUCUCAGAUUGUUUUUACGUUUUGUUUUCAUUUAAAGCGUGCUUUUCUGUUACCAUAGCUACUGUCUGUCUCGUGCUCACCUACAGGAGCUUUACUACUUUGUCUUUAGAAACUGACUUAUUCCUAUUGCAAACCAUGGAAGCCAGCAGUGGAGGGGAUACAAAGGUGUAGCAGGAGACUAGAAAACCACAGAAGGAUCUGAGUCUAGGAUAGGAAGAGGCAAAAAUAGAUGUGGAGGAUUGUAACAGAAAGCAGCAAGAAACAGGAAAACAGGAUAUUGGAAAACCUGUGAUGAGGUAGAUAUGUACGAUUCACAUCACCAGAAAAAUCAAGGAGCCUAGUUAACCCUCAGUUACCUGUUUCUGGAGACAAGCAGGUGACCAAAAUCUUAGAUUCUCCUGCAAAGCAGUCUUUGAAAAAGGAACUGGAAGACCACAGUGGGAAGAUAUUGCUCUGCCUGGUGAAAGCUUAUUUAGGAAGAGCGCUGAGACCUUGGUGAGUUAUAAGCCUGUUCAGAAAGUAACAUCUCUGGAAAGACAGGGCAGAAGAUGCUGAAACUUAAUCUUGUUUGAGUUUCAUGUGGGGAUUGUUAUUGAGGGGACUCCAGGGUGAAGUUUCUAAGGGUUAAGUAUGUAGAUUAUUGGGAAUUUGUGAAAUGCAAAAGAGACAAAAUGAAGAUAAUUGAUAGGAUUAAAUAUAGUAAUCACAAAAACCUGUGUGACAGGAAAUUGUAAAUUGACCUACUCAUUAGGAAAUGUAUUCAUUCAUUUUUGCUUUCUUAUGCAUUUUUGUGCAUUUCAGGAGACAAGCUUAACUCAGUUCCUUUUGGGCAACAGGAUAUUUAGGUGAGAGAGGUAACUGGAUAUAUUCAUAUGUUGGCAUCUAAAAGGUAAAUCAGUAGCAUGUCUUAAAAAAUGAAGGAGAUUUGUAAGGAAAAUAAAACUGUUUUGAAGAUAUCUGCUGGUUUCCACAAAAGGUGCUUGCAGUAUGAACGCACUUUUAAAUACUGACAGUGUUUUGUAAAAGAAAACUUUUUAACUAAAAAACGAUUUUUCUUACUCCUAGAAGAAUUCAGCAUGUUUUGCAAGAAAAAUUUUGGACUUUUUAUGCAUCACAAGUAUCGCCUUCUCAAUGUCAUUUUCCCAUCUGUCUUGCUCAGCAGCGUUACCGUCUCAGCUGAUCCAUGUGUGCAGUCAUCAGUCAGGCCAUACUGCAUAGGUAUACAGCGAACCUGAAAAUGAUUCUUGUACGAUGUCUGCCAUGUUACAUAACUUCCUCAAAGGAACUGUGGAUACAAUUUGAAUGUGCUUAUAUUCUUUCAAGUGGCCAGAAGAAUGAAUAAUUCCUUUUUCUCUAUUUGGAAUUCCCUCAACAAUAGAUUUACCAUUAUUUAUUCUUUCUUACUUUAUGAGCUACGUUUAUCCUCUGGCACUCAUAGAAUUCUACUGCUUGACACAAGUCCCACGGAAGUUUAGGGAAACAUCUCGUAUCUUUUGCAAGGGAAAAGGCUCUAAAAAUAUUACUUAAUCUAAAAAUUGCCAGCACUUUACCCACAGCAUAAAUUCGGCUGUGCACAAAAUGCGAAAUAUGUUUCAUUUAAUGUCAAUGCUUAUGAAAAGAUAAAACACAAUCUCCUAGACAAUACUUCUCCUAUCCCAUACAACAUUUAUUUGGCAUUGCAAGCAAUAUCUAUUAAUCCUGCCCCAGAAAAUACUUCGGCUGGAAAAGAGUGCUAUCUUGCAGAUAGUUUGCGUAACUUUUGUACGUAUACUGUGACUCUCACCACAUUUCUUGUGCCUAGCUCUCCUGACUUCUGUGGAUUGUGUGGUUUAACUGAAAACAUUCCAGACUGGGAACGAACAUGUGCUCUAUAUUUACUCAUGUCAUCAGUAGUACCAUUGUCGACCUGACCCGCACCACCACCUGGCUGCACCCGCGCACCGGCGAGCCCGUCAACUCCGGACACAUGCUGCGCUCAGACCUGCCCCGCGGAUGGGAGGAGGGGUUCUCGGAGGAGGGCGCCAGCUACUUCAUUGACCAUAAUCAGCAGACCACGACAUUUAGACAUCCUGUGACAGGACAGGUUUCUCCAGAAAAUAUUGAAUUUAUUUUGCGAGAAGAACAGAAUUCAUCUAUGUCCAAGCAACAGAUAAACCAAAGACCUUCAAGCAUGGUCAGUGAAUCGUCCACUGCAGUGACUACAUCUGCUGUUGAUACAAAACCUGGCUCUAAGGUUGUGAAGGCUGGAAACAAAGUUCAUAGCUUUGGAAAGAGGGAUCAAGCUAUCAGGAGGAAUCCCAACGUUCCUGUUAUAGUAAGAGGCUGGCUACACAAACAGGAUAGCUCUGGAAUGCGGUUAUGGAAAAGACGAUGGUUUGUGCUCGCUGAUUAUUGUUUGUUUUACUACAAAGACAGCAGAGAAGAAUCUGUUUUGGGUAGCAUACCAUUGCCUAGUUACGUUAUAUCUCCAGUUGGACCUGAAGAUCGCAUAAAUCGCAAAUUUUCUUUUAAGGCUGUUCAUACAGGUAUGCGGGCAUAUAUUUAUAAUAAGAAUUCUGUUAUUGGCUCUCAGGCAGAGCAUUCAGGAAUGCGGACAUACUACUUCAGUGCAGAUACCCAAGAGGAUAUGAAUGCCUGGAUCCGUGCUAUGAAUCAAGCUGCUCUUAUGCAAACACGUUCCUCACUGAAGAGAGAAACUGAAAAAAUGGAUCAGCAAGCUGUUCCUCAAGUUAAUCAUGUGGAUGCCUGUAAAGAAUGUGUGAAGGCAGAGAUUACAGAUACAAAAGAAAGUUAUCAGAAAUCAGCAGAAAUGCUUCGAUUUGAUAAGCGUGAAGAGAUAAGAAGAGGAAAAGAGGAGGAGGAGCGUUACAUCCACAGAAAAGAAACUCUGGAAACUAAGAAGGGAAAGGCUAAGCAUGCAUUAACAGAAGCUGAUUCAUUAUUUCCAGACUCAGUGAAUGCAUCGAAUGCAUCGCGGUCCCAGCCUCAGCCAGCUGAGAAGAAUGGAACACUUCCUAGCUCAUUAAGUAUGAGUGCUGGCCUAGUAGAGCAGAAUGGUACUGGAUCAUAUAAAAGAGGGUUUGUUCCCAGAACAAAUCCAGAUAAACAGAUUCAAAGAAAAAGUAACAUGGCUCAAGUGGAGCACUGGGUAAAAGUCCAAAAAGGAGAUACAAAAAGCCUCGCUUCUGAUCAGACUCUUACACGUCAGGGUCCCAAUCCACCUUUUCCUGAGAAUUAUCACACUUUGCCAAAGAAUACCAGGCAGCCUUCAGGGAGCUCACCGCCGCCAAUGAACCGCAAUUUGCCGAGUGACUACAAAUAUGCACAAGAUCGUGUUAGCCACUUGAAGAUGUCCCAGGAAGAAAGGAAAGCAAAUAAGGAUGGAACUGUUUGGCAGCUGUAUGAGUGGCAGCAGAGACAGCAAUUUAAACAUGGCAGCCCCACUGCCCCACUUUAUGUAGGUUCUUCAGACUUUGUUGACCGUGCUAAGUCAAAGAGUUCAUUAGAUGUUCCACGAUCAAUAUCUGUUCCACCUUCUCCAUCUGAUAUUCCUCCACCUGGACCUCCAAAAAGCUUUCCUCCAAGGAGACCACAUACUCCAGCAGAAAGGCUUACAGUUAAACCAUCUGAUGAGAGACAAACCGUUGAUGUUCCUUUUGCUGGGUCACCGAGGAAGAUGCGAAAUCAUGCUGUAAAGAGCUCAACUCAUAUUGAUCGACGCUCUAUGCCUGCAAUGGGCUACAUGACACAUACUGUGAGCGCACCAAGUUUGCAUGGCAAGUCGGCGGAUGACACUUAUAUCCAGUUGAAAAAGGAUUUGGAGUAUUUGGAUCUAAAGGUGACAGGACGUGACACAUUAAAAGAACGAAGUACAAAACCUGUCAAGAUUGCAGAAAGUGAUAUCGAUGUCAAGCUAAGCAUUUUCUGUGAGCAGGACAGAAUUCUGCAGGACUUGGAGGACAAAAUAAGAGCCCUUAAGGAAAACAAAGAUCAGCUGGAGUCUGUUUUGGAGGUUUUACACAGGCAGAUGGAACAGUACAAAGACCAACCGCAACACGCAGAAAAAAUUUCUUACCAGCAGAGGCUUUUGCAAGAGGACCUCAUACAUAUUCGGGCUGAAAUAUCCAAAAUUUCAACGGAAAUGGAAAAUGCCUGGAAUGAAUAUCUGAAAUUAGAGAAGGAUGUGAGCCAGCUGAAAAAAGCCUUACAGGAACAGAUGAAUAGCUCAUUGGUAUCUCAGGAGAAAACACAAAUACAGAAAGACUUGUGGAGAAUUGAAGAUGUUAUAUCUGGCUUGAGUGCAAAUAAAACAAACUACAAAACCAUAGUAGAUUCUAUCAAGAAUCCAGAGAGAAAAAUAGUGCCUUCAUUUUCUCAGUCUUCAGUGCCUUCCUUACCAGCUUCCCUCACAAAUGUGGAGAGCAACCUUUCAGCUCCACAAAGCCCUCCACCCAGCCCAAUUAAACCCUCUCUGGAGGUCAGGCUGUAUCCACAGCCUUAUUUCCAGUCCAGAGCGCUGCAUCAAACACAGCAGCUGAAAAAAAUUGAGCCACCUCUUCAGUCACCAAUUAAGCUAAAGCCAAAGAUUGAAGAUGAAGCACCACCCAGACCUCCACUCCCUCAGUUGUACAGUCCUGAUGAUCAGCCACCAGCUGUUCCACCUCUCCCAAGAGAAGCCACUGUCAUCAGACACACUUCAGUGCGUGGCUUGAAACGUCAGUCAGAUGAAAGAAAGAGAGAUAGAGAACUCGGACAGUAUGUAAAUGGAGAUUAUAGGGUGGAACUACGUUCUUAUGUGAGUGAACCAGAACUAGCAAUGAUAGGUGGUGACCUCAGCCAACCUUCCAAUGGUUUAAUAAGCUCUAACAGUGGAUACCAGACAUUACCUACUCGUGGUUUAUCUGGGUCAACAUCUAGAUUGCACCAAUCAUCUACCAUUUCAUCAUAUGCAACACUACGAAGGGAUAGGUCCAAGGAGAGACCAAAGAGUGCCUUGGAACGCUUAUACUCUGGAGACCACCAAAGAGGCAAGAUGAGUGCAGAGGAACAACUAGAAAGAAUGAAGCGACAUCAGAAGGCAUUAGUUCGUGAGCGCAAGAGAACUCUUAGCCAAGGAGAAAGGCAGUCUGUUUCAUCUCGGUCUUUCAUCAGGCCCAUUUCUGCAGACAUAGGCUCAUGGAAACGAGAGCAAGAAUUUGAUUUGCAGUUACUUGAGAGGGCAAUUCGUGGAGAAGACAAAGAUGAAAAUGAAUGGUUAAAAGUUCACCCAGUAGCAGUGACGGAGACAGAUCUGGAGCCUCAAGAUUAUAAUUUAGAUAUCAGCAGAGAGUUGUCAAAACCUGAGAAGGUUGUAAUUCCAGAACGUUAUGUUGAACUGGAGCCAGAAGAGCCUCUUUCUACAGAAGAACUGGCAGCGAGGCAACGUAAAGCAGAGAAGAUAAAGAAUAUUCUUACUAAAUCCAGUAUGCACAAUCUACAGCCUACUGUUGCCCAGGACAAGCACACCUCAGUUGAUUUAGAUUCACAGUUGCAAGAGCAGGAGCGAAUCAUUACCAUAUCAUAUGCUUUGGCUUCUGAAGCCUCUCAGAAGAGCAAGGAGGUAGCAGCUCAGCAGUUGACCUAUCCAUCUAAAGCACCCUCACCUUCUGUACCACAGCCACCUCACUCCCCCUUAAGCAAUGGAUUUCACUACACAUUUGUUUAAACACCUUAAAAGUAAGAACUAACUGCUCUCAGCAUGUCUGAUUUGCCAUUUUACCUUUGCUGUGGCUUGCUGAAUUUUAACAUUUUUACUAAACCUAAAUUAGAUCCAAACAAACGCAUGCAGCUAUUUUCAGAAACCUUUUAUUCCUAUACAUUUCGCUUCUAAUGAGCUAAUGUGGGUUAAUAAAGUCUUCAAAUAACUGCUGGCGCUCUACAGAUAAGAUGCUUCCGUAGUCUUACUGUGGUGAAGGAAAGACACGUGUACUGCCUGUAUCAUGGGGCCAGAUUUUCAGCAGCUGUUUGUGCUCCUGUGGCUCCCAAAGGGGUGCGUAGACAUGUUUGCCUGUGUGUGGCAUAGACAGUUGCUGCACAAGAGAAUCCAAAGUGCAGACAAAUUUGUACGAGUAGAGGCUUUGUUUAUGGGCUGGUAUCUUACACACGAAUAUCAGAGUUUUAAUUGAGGCGAGCUGAAAGUUUGGCCCUUUAUAACUAAUUCUGUAAUAUCGUGUUUGAAUUUUUUUAUGCCUUUGAUGCGUUUUUCAUUGAUUUGUGUUAACAAAAGACUUGAUUUUUGUCUCUGAUUAGGUUCUUUUGCCAUUUCAAGUAUUGAGAUUAUGAUAAUUCCAUUUUCCUUGUAAAGAAAUAUGUAUAUUCUCUUCCCAGUAGUAUUUUCAGAGUUUUCUCUAUCUGAAAUAGGAAAACCUGUAAGUAUUAUGAUACUUAACUGCUAAGUGUGCCUCUAGUUAAGACACUGCCCAUGCUUCCAAAGUUUCCUUUGAAAUUAUUCUCACCUUUCUGAUUUCCUUUGUUGUCUGAUGUUGAACAAGAAGAUAAAACAUAGAGGAAGUAGUAAAGAGAGUUGAUAGAGUGAAUACCUCAAAUGGCAUUAGUACUGUUUAGAUAUGGUUGUUUUCAUUGUCACUAAUCUGAGUCAAAUAUCUAUGUAAAAAAACUAUAAGCAUAAAUAAAAAUGAGCAUAUAUCAGAAAGACCUCAAAGGGCAGUGGCCUGCCUUCAACAAGGACCGUGAAAAAUGACAGAUUUACAUCAAGAGAGGUGUAUCAAUAUUAGACAGAGCUUGAUGGAAAUAGCUGUUAGCUUUUCUGGUUAGUUUUAUCUGUCUGAGAACAAGAUUCUACCAUCUUUGUUGUCUGAAUAACACUUGGCUGUACUAUUAUAUCCAGGGUUACAGUAGUGGGUUAGUCCCAGAGUAUUAGACUUGAGCAAGGGGUUUGGAUCAGAUGACCUUCAGAGGUCCCUUCCUAUCCCAACCAUUCUGUGAUUCCAGGCUGAUUCAAAAACAUGUGUAUCACAUGUCUAUACACACACACACACACACACACAUAUAUGUAUUCAAAACUGCAUUUUCUUCAGGAAAAUUAUCGAGAGAAUAAUUGCAGUAACGAGCAACAUGCAGGGGACACGGGAGUUUGAGCAUCAGUGGCAUCACGAGAUAACUGUUCACUUAAUGUGUCUAUGUGAACUGUUCAUUCCAUUCAAAUUGCAGAAGGCUUUAAUAAAAAAAAAUUUCCUGAAAGUGCUUACUGCUUGGUGUUAGUGAACUCACUUUUAAUAUUUAACCAUGUUUUAUUUUACUUCAUGCUAGCCAAAGCAGUAAGUGAACACUGACAGAAGACUCAAAGCAAAUCCCACCUGGUGGUGCUGCGAGGAAGAAAAAGGAGCUUCAUUACCAGCUUUCCGUGAAGAUACGCAUCGACGAUGACAUAUUCUUCUGGAAAUACAUUCAGAGAAUAACAGGGGGAUUUUCUAUGAAAAUGAAGAGAAUUGCAGAUCAUUUAUUUUGACUUCAGUUUAGUUCAGACUUUUUAUAUGAAUAAAUGGCACUUUUAAUAAACUCUAUAAAAUACUGACUGUAUUUUUAGAACAAUGUAUUUUAGAAUUUUUUUAAAUCAAGGGCUGAAUUCAUUUUAAGAGAAACUACUUGCAUAGAUGUUAAAAGAUGCUGUUACUUCCCCCUCAGGCUCAGAUGCACAAUGUAAAAUUUCAUAAAAAAAUAAAGUAAAUUUGGAGACCCCCAGAAGCACAUUCAUAGGAUAUGGGUAGAGUGAACCUAAGUGAGAGGUUUGCCAAAAGGGUGUUUUGCAUUGAAUGUUUUUAUGGAGUUAAUCAUCCACCCUUUUGCCCAUUGAGUAAUACAUUUCAAGGAAUUUUUAGCUUGAAUUUCUAAGUAUUGGUAACCACUGUAUAGCUGAAAUUUCCCACGAAAGCAAUAACAAAAGCCAGUUUUAACUCCUGUUUGCUUUUCUGACCCCAUAUGUUUCACUUGCUGGUAUCGAUACAGUGUACUAGGUUGCUCUUGACAGUAGUGCUGUCCCCUCAGUAACAAACAGCUAACAAAGUCUAUUUUUUGAAAGUUGAGAUGUGAGAGAAGAAGACUUUUAAUUAAAAUAUGUUAAGUAAGCAAUAAAAAAAAAAAAAAUAGGAUGUGUAAUGUUACUAGUAAAUAUGUAUUUUUCUUUUGAUUUUUUUUUUCCAGUAAACAUUACAAUAUGAUGUAUUGACUUGUAUUUAUCCUGGAAACCGCAAAACUAAUGUAAUGUGGCACCUGCUCAUUUUGUAUGUAUGUUCAUCUGGUGCUUAACUUUGCCAAACUUUGAAAUUCAGUGUUUUACUUACGUAUAGAGCAAAGGGUGAGGUAGUUACGUAGGGAGAAAGGAAGAUUAAUUUCUGCAACUACUUUGCUUGAAAAAAAUCUAUGUAGGCAUUGAAUGCAAGACACGCAAAAAUGUCCCAAUAUUAUGUAAUUAUUAGUUGUUUUCAGCUCUGGAUGAGAAAUGACUGAGAAAAUACUUUUGCAGUAUUUUGUGAAACCACUAACUUGUUCAUUUGCUGUGUUCAGGUAGUGGCUACAAAACCCUUGAAAUUGAUUGACCUUCAAGUUUCACACUUUUAAGACAUAUCAUAUUAUAUUAACACUAUACUCAGAAAUAUUCUUAAAAGUAUAUAUUUAGCUAAUACAAUCUAUUUUACCUCAGUACUGCCAGUAUCGACUUCAAAACCAUUUGCCAAAAUAAUGAUUUAUUUUUGCCUUUAUAAAAAGUUUUGAAAGCAUAAAUGAAUAUUUUGCAAGAAAACAUUAAUUUAAAGAAAAUGUAACAGUUUGGAAAAUGGUAUAUGUACAGAUUAAAAUAUUAACAUA